CUGGAGCCGCCGCGGCGCAGCGAGGCCGGCCGCCGGGCACUUCCUGUGGAGGCCGCAGCGGGCGAGCGCCGAGGAGCCGCGGAGCCGCCAGCGACCCGCCGCCGCCAUGGGCCAGAACGACCUGAUGGGCACGGCCGAGGACUUCGCCGACCAGUUCCUGCGAGUCACCAAGCAGUACCUGCCUCACGUGGCGCGCCUCUGCCUGAUCAGCACCUUCCUGGAGGACAGCAUCCGUAUGUGGUUCCAGUGGAGUGAGCAGCGGGACUACAUCGACACCACCUGGAGCUGUGGCUACCUGCUGGCCUCCUCCUUCGUGUUCCUCAACCUGCUCGGACAGCUGACUGGCUGCAUUCUGGUGUUGAGCAGGAACUUCGUACAGUAUGCCUGCUUCGGGCUUUUUGGAAUCAUAGCACUGCAGACGAUUGCCUACAGCAUUUUGUGGGACUUGAAGUUUUUGAUGAGGAACCUGGCCCUGGGAGGAGGCUUGUUGCUGCUCUUAGCGGAGUCCCGUUCUGAAGGGAAGAGCAUGUUCGCGGGCGUCCCCACCAUGCGCGAGAGCUCCCCCAAGCAGUACAUGCAGCUUGGAGGCAGAGUCCUGCUGGUCUUGAUGUUCAUGACGCUCCUUCACUUUGAUGCCAGCUUCUUUUCUAUCAUCCAGAACAUUGUGGGCACGACUCUAAUGAUCUUAGUGGCCAUUGGUUUCAAAACCAAGCUGGCAGCUUUGACUCUUGUCGUCUGGCUGUUUGCUAUCAACGUGUAUUUCAACGCCUUCUGGACCAUUCCAGUCUACAAGCCCAUGCAUGACUUCCUGAAAUACGACUUCUUCCAGACCAUGUCUGUGAUCGGAGGCCUGCUCCUGGUGGUGGCCCUGGGCCCAGGGGGUGUCUCCAUGGAUGAAAAGAAGAAAGAGUGGUAACAGACAGCUCCCUCCUCUCCCUGGUCAGGGCCCGCAGCGUGUGGAGGACUGGUUCAGGGGAGUGUCACCAGCUGCCAGCAUUUAUGUGUCCUUUUCCCUUCCCCUCCCUUGGUAAAGGCACCCAUGUUUUGAGAACUUUAUUUGCAGACAUUUGAAAAUUGAUGAAGUCUGCUCUGGAACCACAGUUUGGAAGCUGACCAACCAGGCUGGCUGGCCUGCUGGCACCCCUAAGCCAGGGCUUACGGGUGAGCAGCUUGGUGGGCUGUGGUCUCUCCAUUUGGCUUUGCGUUCUUUGGGGGGAGGUUGAGGGCCUUCAAGCUGUAUGGACUGUGAGCAGACACAUCUGUGUAACACUCAAAAGUCUUUUUUUUUUUUUUUUUUUGUAAGUUUACACCCUUAGCUUAAACCUACUAAAUGGUAGGUUUGUAUGGUCCAGCCAAACAUCAAACAUACUGUUAAACCCCUUGGUUUAGAAUCUCACCAGUGGUUCCAACAUUGUUUUGGUCUCUACAUUAGACAUUUUAGAAUCACUGAUGACAUUUAGAAAACCCCCAAAUGUAGAGAAUGGUGCAGUAUUGAAGGGGCAACCGAGGCUGCUGGUGACAGCAAAGUCGUUGACUUUGGCUGACCACGUGCCCUGGGUCGGUGGGUGGAGACCACCCUGAGAGACUCAGCGGCUCAAGGCAGGGACUAUCUGGAGCCCAGCCUGGGGGGAGCUGGUGAGCGAGCUGCACAGGGGAUGCUUGGCCCUCCACAGAACCAGGCUGGGAGGAGCGGCAGCUGGGGCAUGGCAGUGACAGGAGCCCUAGCACGGGAGCCCCAGGGCUCAACCCAGUCACCUCAACCUCAGAGCAAUGCCUGGAGCCUGCAGGCUGUGCUCCACCCCAGUCGGCACUGCUCCUCCAGGCCAGGCUGUGUGCUGGGCCACCCCGAUACCACUUCCCCAAGGCCGUCGCUUGCUCUUUGUCAUCCUGUAUGCCGAAUGCAGCCCAGGUUACUUUUUACAAUCUGUGAUGCCUUACCGAUUUGAUCUUGAUCCUGUAUUUAAAGUUUUCUAACAUUGCCUUA